UCGUUCACCGGGUUUGGUUGCCAGCAGCCAAGAUAAGUAAGCUCGGGACCAACAUGAAGAUAUUCAUUGUGCUAUCUGUGGGAUUGGCCGUGGCAAUUGGAGCGGCCAUCGAAAAACCCCAAAGGGAAGUGGAUGUCGGUGCUGACCAGGACUCUAAAGUUGUACAAAAACGUGGACUUAGCGACUAUGCCUCCGGCUAUGAGUAUCAUCCGGAAUUUUUGAGUGGUUUCAAACCAUCGUUCGCAUAUGAUGCUUCUUGGAAUGUAGAUAAUUCGGAUUACCUCGAACAUACAUUGCAUGACUGGAAAUCUGACAAACACACUGUCGAAAAACAUACAAUCAUCGAAAAGCGAGUUCCCGUUCACAUCGAUCGUCCUGUCCCAUACCGUGUUGAGGUUGAACGAAAAGUGCCAGUCUACAUCGAGAAAAAGGUGCCAGUGCAUGUAGACCGACCGGUGCCAUAUCCAGUCAAAGUUCCAUAUCCUGUUGAAGUCGAGCGAAAGGUUCCCGUGUACGUAGAGAAGAAGGUUCACAUUGAUCGUCCAGUCCCAUACCGUGUCGAAGUGGAGAAGAAAGUUCCGGUCGUUGUUGAGAAGAAAGUUCACGUUCAUGUCGAUCGGUAUGUUCCGGUCCCAGUGGAAGUCAAGGUUCCAGUAGUCCACAAGGUGGAAGUUGAAGUUCCGAAGCCAUACACUGUCCAGAUCCCGAAACCAUUUCCGGUGUACAUCGAGAAGGAAGUCAUCAAACACGUUGAUCGUCCAGUGCCAGUUGAAGUUGUGAAGAAGGUUCCUGUGCCUGUGGUGCACAAGGUUGAGGUUCCGAAACCAUACGUUGUUUAUGUCGAAAAUGGAAAACACCAUGACCAUCAUGAGCAAUAUAAGUCUACUGAAUCGGCUCAUAACGAUAACGACGAGAUCCAGCACCAGCAUAACGCUCAACAUUUAGUGCAACUCCAAAAAGAAAACGAAUAUGAGCAACACCAGGGUGUGGAGCACGCAGAUGACCAUUGUGAUGAUCAUCACCAUGAAGAACAACAUCACCACAUCCCGUCUCACCACAAGCGGGAGUCUGAACCUACUGAAGUGUAACAGCUUAAACCGAAUUAGUUAUUUUGUUGAUUAGUAAAGUAAAGAAAUUAUUUGUUAUUGUGUUCUCUAGUCUUGCUGUGCACUGGAUCGAUGAAGUGUU